AUUUACCCCCAUCAAAUGGGGGCGUUGUUUUGGUUAUUAAGCCCCAUUUAUAGAUUUUAAGAGCGGUAGUUGUAUAUUUUACGGCCUCUACUUGUUACUGGGGAAAAUUGGGUUUUGAUUACAAAAGUCGGCUGACAUCUAUCGAAUUAUUUGAAUUUGAAUGAAGUGAAGUAUAAAUCUGAUUGAGCUUUUCAACAUUGAAGUGAGUCUACUUGGAGAUGUCUAAGUUGCAUCCGUUGAAGAUAAGAUUGGAUUUAGUUAGAUUUACAUAAUAUUAACUCUUGGUAACUUAUAACUAAAUUAACUGUCGGAGGUUGUACGAUAAUUAAUCUUGAGAGCAAAAAGUGUCGAGCAUACACGCGAAAACUCAAGAAUACCACUUGGCACUCGAAAAAACCGUUUUUAUCACUAGUAUUAGUGAUGGAGAAAUUGAAACUUUCCUGUACACAAGUUAAGUAGGUUCUAAGCUCGCGCGGAAAUCCCCCAUGUGCCUCAUCAACAGGGAUAUAUGGAUUCUUAUUUUACUAUCCGAUAAUGUUUCUUAUGUUCCGACCCCACUUAAGUUUAUUCCUUUUUAAUUGGCUUAUGUAGUUGAUCGGCUCGUAUCAAAUUAAGUACUUAACUAAAGUGCUUGACUAAACUGUUUAUAAGGGAAUGGUUAUCAGAAAAUUUUCACCAGUUGAGUCGCAAAAUGUAUAGAUCACACAUCGCUGUCAUUUGUGCCUUCGUGGGCAUAUUCGUGGGGACAGUUGUCCAGUCUGCUCCUUUUUCCAAUGAUCCUGCAGAGGUCCCAAACUUCUAUGAAUUGUUCAAUAAUCCCGAUGCACACUUAUCCUUGACCAAUGGUCCCGACACGAUCCAUUUCAUCGAGGAACAUGGUUAUCCAGUUGAGCGACACUAUGUGACCACUGAAGAUGGCUACAUUAUCAGCCUCUUCCGAAUUCCAUACUCGCACAAUAUCCAAAACCAGCAAGAAAAGAGGCCCAUUGCUUUCAUUCAACACGGUCUUUUUGCCAGCUCCGACUUUUGGCCAAGCUUGGGACCGGAUGAUGGACUUCCUUUCCUGCUCUCCGAUGCUGGAUACGAUGUUUGGCUGGGCAAUGCUCGUGGAAACAGAUACUCGAAAAACCAUACCUCUCGUCUGACAAGUCAUCCGGACUUCUGGCGCUUCAGUUGGCACGAGAUUGGAUACUUUGAUAUUGCCGCAGCUAUUGACUAUACCCUGUCCACGGAGAACGGACAGGAUCAGAAGGGUAUCCACUACAUAGGACACUCCCAAGGCACCACGGUUAUGUUUGUGCUGCUGUCCUCAAGACCGGAAUAUAACGACAAGAUCAAGACGGCUCACAUGCUGGCUCCUGUGGCAUUUAUGGAUCACAUGGACGAUGUUAUGGUCAACACCUUGUCUCCUUACCUCGGUUUUAACAAUAUCUACUCGACCCUCUUCUGUUCUCAAGAAUUCUUGCCCCACAACGAUUUCGUCCUGGCUCUGAUGUACAGUGUUUGUCUUCCGGAAUCGAUUGUUUACAGCUUUUGCAGCAGCAGUAAUGAAACAACUACUGAGGAAGGAAGAACUAAUUCGACCGCCUCUGCGUUGACUUCUGGAGUGAUGCCUGCUGGUGUUUCCACGGAUCAAAUCCUGCACUACAUGCAGGAGCAUCAAUCGGGACAUUUCCGGCAGUUCGAUUUUGGCACCAAAAAGAAUAUGAAGGUCUAUGGAACGGAAGCCCCAGAGGAUUACCCAACUGAGCUAAUCACGGCUGAGAUGCAUCUGUGGUAUUCGGACAGCGAUGAGAUGGCCGCAGUUGAGGAUGUCCUGAGGGUGGCGGAAACGCUGCCCAACAAGGUGAUGCACCAUAUGGAGGAUCCACUAUGGGAUCAUAUGGACUUCGCUCUCAACUGGGAGGUGCGCCAAUAUAUCAAUGAUCCGAUUGUAGCCAUUCUAAACGAGUACGAGGGGAAGUGAUACGGACAUUGUCCUGGUGCUUAACUUAACUUAGUUUUAAUCUAGGUCCACUUCGGUUGAUCCUAUCAUAUCAUAUCAUAAACGGAUGUAUAACUCUUUAGCAUUGAACAGAUUUGCACCUCAAGCUCGACAUUUAUUUCAUUCAUACUUAAUGUACACAUACAUGCUUACUCAAAUCAUAAG